AUGGAUCCGCCGGCGGGCGCGCAGGGCCAGCACCAGCACGAGCCCAUCAGCUUCGGCAUCGACCAGAUCCUCAACAGCCCCGAGCAGGAGAGCGCUCCCCCGGCCCCCCGGGGCCCCGACGGCGCGACCUUCCUGGGCGGCCCCGGCGGCCGCGGCGGCGCGCCCUACCCGGCCCUGCCGGCCCCCUUCCCGGCCAUCGCCGCGCCCUUCGAGGACUCUGGAUCUUACAGUGUGAACCUCAGCCUGGCCCCGGCCGGCGUGAUCCGGGUGCCGGCGCACAGGCCCAUCCCCGGGGCCGUGCCGCCGCCCAUCUCCAGCGCCAUCCCGGCCAUGCCCGCCGUGCCCAGCCUGGGCAGCCUCAACUUCCCCUGGAUGGAGAGCAGCCGGCGCUUCGUCAAGGACAGGUUCACAGCGGCGGCGGCGCUGACGCCCUUCACGGUGACACGGCGGAUCGGGCAUCCCUACCAGAACCGGACUCCGCCGAAGCGCAAGAAGCCGCGGACGUCCUUCUCCCGGGUGCAGAUCUGCGAGCUGGAGAAGCGCUUCCACCGGCAGAAGUACCUGGCCUCGGCCGAGCGCGCUGCCCUCGCCAAGUCCCUCAAGAUGACGGACGCCCAGGUGAAGACCUGGUUCCAGAACCGGCGCACCAAGUGGCGGCGGCAGACGGCGGAGGAGCGGGAGGCCGAGCGGCAGCAGGCGAGCCGGCUGAUGCUGCAGCUGCAGCACGACGCCUUCCAGAAGUCGCUGAACGAGUCGAUCCAGCCCGACCCGCUGUGCCUGCACAACUCGUCGCUGUUCGCGCUGCAGAACCUGCAGCCCUGGGAGGAGGAGAGCGCCAAGAUCCCCCCGGUCACCUCCCUCGUCUGA